CAUUCUAACUUCCGCUUCAUGAUCUGAUACCGUUUUGAACAUUUUGUACUUCUGUGUUUAGGGGGACAAAUGUGAUCAUCUAAGCAUAUGUAUUGAUUUCAAUUGAGCCUCAGGCAAUCUUGUAUUAUACCCUUUAUUUGGCAAAAUGUCGAAUUCUGACUUUGUUUGAAAAACAACUUUUCUAUUAGGUUUAAAACAGUCAUGGCGUCAACUACACAAAAACAUUUUUCGCAGUUGAGAUCCGAUUGAAACCAGCUCGCCUUGAGCUUCGCUAGGAACCAGUUUAUGGUUAAAUUGAUGUAUGCGAUUGUGAUUUAUUAGGUUUGAAAGUUUGAAAAAUGGGUGCCUUUCUUGAUAAGCCAAAGACAGAUAAGCACAAUGAAGGUGGUUGCGGUAAUGGUUUACUAUAUGGAUUAUGCAGUAUGCAGGGAUGGAGAGUCGAGAUGGAGGAUGCUCAUGCGGCUGUAAUAGGACUUCCGGGAGGACUUAAGGAUUGGUCCUUCUUCGCCGUGUUCGACGGCCAUGCUGGAGCCAAAGUAUCAGCUUACUGUGCUGAACAACUUCUUGAUCAUAUAAUCGCCAACGAAGAUUUCCGUGGUAAAAUUGAUAUCACGGAGGGGACAGAAGUACAACCAUCUAUUGAAGAUGUCAAAAAGGGGGUUAAAACUGGGUUUCUGAAACUCGAUGAAAAAAUGAGAAAAAUACCCGAAAUGGCGAGCGGGGAAGAUAAGAGUGGAUCAACUGCGAUCUGCGCGAUCGUCUCUCCUAGCCAUGUUUUCUUCGCUAAUUGUGGGGACUCCCGAGCGGUACUGUGCCGUGAAGGUAAAUGUGCGUUUGGUUCAACAGAUCAUAAACCAGUUAAUCCCAUAGAAAAAGAACGUAUUCAAAAUGCCGGAGGUAGUGUGAUGAUCCAGCGGGUCAAUGGCUCACUGGCCGUUUCUCGAGCUCUUGGAGAUUUUGAAUAUAAACAAGUGGAAGGAAAAGGUCCGUGUGAACAACUCGUUUCUCCGGAACCAGAAAUAUUUAUCAUGGAACGACAUGCAGAUGAUCAGUUCAUGGUGUUGGCUUGCGACGGAAUUUGGGACGUUAUGACUAAUGAGGAACUGUGUGCAUUUGUCCAAAGCCGAAUGCAAGUGACUUCAAGUUUAGAACAAAUUUGUAAUCAAGUAGUCGAUACAUCAUUAUAUAAGGGCAGCAGAGAUAAUAUGAGUAUCGUCAUAGUGGCAAUGAAUGGAGCACCAAAAGUUUCAGAAGAAGCACAAAAAAAGGAACAAGAAUUAGAUGAAAAAAUAGAAACUACAAUUAAAGAAAUACUGGAGACGGAACCGCAAGAAAAUCAGGACCUUCCAUAUAUUGUACAUGUUUUAGCUAAUACUUUAGAAGAAAUGUUCCCUCCUGGUGGUGGUAUAGCUUCUAAAAGAACUUUAAUUGAAACGAUCUAUCGUAGAUUACGACCCCAAGAAGAAGAAGAAGGUCAAUAGGGUUAGAUUGAAAAUAAAAUCACAUUGAAGAUGACUAAUCUAGUUAUAGUGUGAUAUACAAACAUUAGCUGAUUUCCUAAUAUGGUCAAACGUCAAAAUAAACUCUGGGAAUCGGCUUGAAGGCCUUAACACAGCCAUAUUUGUUCAACUUGUACAUUGUAUUGUAUAGGACUGAGACUAUUCAUUUAUAUAAUGAUGCACCAUUGGGGGGAGAUAACUCUAUGGUAGGGGCAAAAUAGGGCCUGCUUGAUGGACUGUUAGACAUUGCUGACCUGUUUCUGAAUCGAGUCAAAUAGAACAGGCACCUAGAAAUAUACAAGAGUGACAUUUUUCCCUCCCAGCAUGGACAGAACCUGAAUAUGUUCUGCCGUUGAACUGGUUCUUACUGCCACCUAUCAUUGUGUUAUCUCCCCUUUGAUCAACCACAGUAUCAAUAUUAGAACACAGGUGUCGCCACACUUCACCAUCAGUUGCUAGGUUAGAACAAGAUGGUGGUCAAAUGUCUGUUCUGUAAUCAUAAUAAUCACUAUAAUAUAUACUUAUCAUGUUAUUUUCAUAUUUGGGCAUUUUAUUAGCGUAUUAUUGCUCGGGUGGAAUUGCAUGGGCACAUUUUAUUAUGAAUAUUAGAUUUAUAUAGAGUGCAUGGGGUUAUCAGACAUUUUAUGCUGCUCUGUUUUAUUCUUCAAGCAUGUUACCGGGAUAUAUCGGCCUUACCCUCGUUACCUACCCAGAUAUUGCCCAAAUUCAACAUUUCAUUGGUCCCAGACCAGAAGUAAUAUUGAAGCGAUUGUUGUCACAAUUUUGACACGGUAUUUACGGUUAAUAGUAGAAGAGUAUUUUCUGUGACCAGCUUUAUUCAGGCUAGAUCAAAUAUCAGAUCCGAGGGAACAGCCUAGAUGUGUCAAAGAUGAGAAAAGGGCCAGUCUAAUAUAUUGAUAUUGACUAAACCAAUAUAUAUAUAUAUCAUAGUAUCAUAUGACAUUUGUUUGGUCCCAGUCCUCAUAUUGUAUGUAUAGUUGUUGAUUAAUCAAAAAAUUGAGAAAAGAAUCUAACUAACUUCUGAUUCUGUUUGUUUUGUUAAAGAAAAUCUGUCAUUAGUUUGGUUGGAGUUGUAUAAUGAUUGUUGGUAUAAUGUUUUAUUAUUUUAUAGUGCUCACACUCAAAUAGAUCAAAAAUACUGAUCAGUCCACUAGAAUAAUCACUCUAAAAUACUGGUAAAUCCACUAGAAUAUUCACUCUAAAAUACUGGUGAAUACACUAGAAUAUACACUCUAAAAUACUGGUGAAUACACUAGAAUAUUCACUCUAAAAUACUGGUGACUCCACUAGAAUAUUCACUCUAAAAUACUGGUGACUCCACUAGAAUAUUCACUCUAAAAUACUGGUGACUCCACUAGAAUAUUCACUCAAAAAUACUGGUCAAUCCACUAGAGUAUUCGCUCUAAAAUACUGGUCAAUCCACUAGAGUAUUCACUCUAAAAUACUGGUCAAUCCACUAGAAUAUUCACUCUAAAAUACUGGUCAAUCCACUAGAAUAUUCACUCUAAAAUACUGGUGACUCCACUAGAGUAUUCACUCUAAUAUACUGGUGAAUACGCUAGAAUAUUCACUCUAAAAUACUGGUGACUCCACUAGAAUAUUCACUCUAAAAUACUGGUGACUCCACUAGAAUAUUCACUCUAAAAUACUGGUGACUCCACUAGAGUAUUCACUCUAAAAUACUGGUGAAUACGCUAGAAUCUUGACUUGGUAGAUGGGUUGUUAAUAUGAAAUACUGGUGAAUAUUCACUCCAUGAGAAAUGUCUGUAAAUACUUAAAUCUCUAGCUGGCUAAAUGUUAAAUGUAAGAUCAGUUGAAUAAAUAAAUGAAUAUCUUUAUUUCCGCCAUUGUGAGCACUAUAAGUUAAUAAUUACAAGCUAUAAUUUAUAUAUAGAAUAAUAUUUAGUCAGCUGAUUAUCAGAUGACUUCCAUUUGUCGAACCUGUCAACACUCUUUAACCUCGUGAUUCUCGGCCAAAAUGUCUGAUUGCUUCUCACUUUAAGAUGACCUUCUACAAGAAGAAGAAAUUGUCUUUUUUCUGAAUUAUUAAAAGGGAAUUAUCAUCUAUAACUCAUGUCUGUCUAUAUUUAUUUAGGGGUAGGGUCGCUUGUCCAACCGUGUGGGUUUUCUCCAGGCCCUCCAGUUUACUCCCACUGCUAAAGACACCUACGUGCAAGCAAAUUAUUGAAAUAAAAUUGAACCAUAUGUUAAUCCCGAAAUGACCUUGUUUGUGUUGAGUGGACAUUGAAUCCGAUUUCUAUCUCUCUCUGUUGAUAUUUAUUUCAUGGAUUUAUCGAGUAUGAGCGACACCAUGUUAAAAAUCUGAAAAGGUCAUUUCUUACGCAGUAUCGAAAAAACUCAAAAGUAGACAGAAAUGGUUAGGAGAAAUAGGCAAUUUUUUUGCCAUCAAUUAUUUCCAUGGCUUUAAUACGGAACAAACCUGUAUGACUACCCUAAUUCAUUUGUUCUAGAGUGAGAUGAGUUUAAUAUACACUAUGCCUGUUCCCCAAUCCUUCAGAUAUAAACAAAAUCAAACAUUUUAGUUGGCCAGAUUCACAGGUUAACGCGUAGUGAAGGGUUUCGGAGGAAUGGUGAGGCUUGAUAUAUAUAUACAUAUAUUAUAAACAAUGCCUCAUAUGUAUAGAAAGCAUCUAGUAUGAUUAUUCUUUGUUGAAAUAAGAAAGAAAAUUUAUGAUAUAAAGAGAAAUUAUUGUUAUCCAUUUCGGUUUAUUUUAUAUUUGUUUUGUGAAACUUAACCUUGAUUUGUAGAUCACCUUAUGUCAAUUUGAGUUGAUUGAAAUGUUGUUUAUUUGAUUAGAGCCUAUAAUCUGUUUUAUUCUGUGAGCUGUAUUAGGAAUCUAAACCUGUCGAAUCAUUUCUUCAACAAUUACCCUUUCUUACGUUCCUCCAUUUUUAUACCUCCUCCAAAAUAACUUUCAUCACUUUCAUUCUGAACAAUAUCAAGAAAUCGGGAUGUAUUAGAAUAAUGUUGCCUGCUAAUUUUGUGUGCAAAGACAAAUUUAGAUAAUUGAUUUGUAAUAAGCAUAUUUAAUGAUAUAAUAAGUGUUUUCGGACAAGUCGACUUGAUUAAGAUUUUGGACAUAUUUUGUAAAAAUAAUGUCUUUUGUAGCACUACCAACGUUUUAGACGAACAUUUACAGACAGAAUUUGAUUAGCAAAAUCAACAUUUUAGGCCAAAAAUUGUACAAAUUUGACUUUUGUCGACUAGAAAAAUCAACAAUUGAGAGGAACAUUGUAAAAAUCGACCAUCAGAACCUGAUUUUUUUUAAAGUUUGUUGUAUAUUUGAAAUAUAUGAAAGUUUAUUUUGAUGUGGAACUAUGCAGAUUUAUCUGUCCUGCCAGGUGAUUGCUAGUCAGCUCGUAAAAUGAAACAGUUUUUUAUAUUAAUACUUAGUUGGUGUAUCUCUAAUCGUAGCCUAACAAAACCAGGGUCCGUUUGUACGACCACAACACUGUUAGUUGUAUAACAAUCUGAUUAAAACACAGAUCCUAUUUCUUUUCGUUUUUUAUCGUUUUACUUGUCUUUACUACACUAGGAUCUGGAAGACUUGUUAUAUAACCAGCGUUCUGCUUGAUGUGAUGGAUUAGCCAAUGACUUGGUCUGUUACGGCGAGUUCUUGGUGUGUGGUGUACGGAACUGUGGGUAUCCGACUAGAAACAUCAACACUGAUUGGUUAAUCAAAAGUCUGAUGUCAUAGGGUCAAAAGCCGCUCGUAUGACCCCUGAUGCGACGUUCCACUGGUCAGAUCUUCAUGGAGUAGAGGUCAUCGAAAGUAUAAAAACCGUAAAUGUGAUAUAGAUCUGUAUUUUAAUCAGAUUGUUUGUCUCGGCCUGAUUAGUUCAACUUGUGAGAUGUACUAGACACUCUGUCAUUAUUCUUCUCCCUACAAUUAUUACUUGGUACCAUCAACCUUAAAGGGGCAGUCCCCAGUUUCCAAAAACAAUUAAACUCGUAGAAUAUAUAACAUAUUUACCUGGUUUGAGGACUUCAAAUCAUGGAUGUAGGCAUGAUUAUCCAGUGGCUUACACAGCAUGGUAUUUGAUGACUUGUGGGCCAACUGGUCAACCCUAACAUAGAAACUGAAAGUUUGUGUUUCUUUGAAAAAGUAUCACAGCGUUUUACGUAUUUAAUAGGUCUAGCCUAGUCUUUCUUCCAGUAAAUUUUAAUAUGUGGGGCUGCUCCUUCAAAAUAACACUCCUUUAUCAGGGCCGAAUAAAGCUGGCAUGGGGGACCCCUGGUUGAAAAUAUCACAGGGUCCCCUGGUUGUAGCUCAACCAAGCCUGUCCUUUAUUCAAGGUUUAUGAUAAGAUAUCAUCUUUCAGUUCAUUGCAAGAAUUAAAACAUGUAAAACUUUCUUUAAAAAACGUAUAACAAAUGUCACUUAACGUGAACAGACGUCACGUCAUUAACGCAUGUUGACGUCAUCAACUAAAUUUUACUCAGCAGUUGCCACCAAUGGCGGCUUAAUGACAUAAAUACCAAGUUAGAUUAAGUAGUGCCGAUAAUAUUCAUUUUGUAUGUUAAUUAUUGAAUAUAAAAUUUCACAACAAACUCUGUAAUUAUUUAGAAAAUAAAUGAAUAAGUUUGAA